AAAAACCGCGUGUUUCAAUCAUUAUUUUGACUAUCGAAGCGAGUAAAGAAAAUGAAUAUUAUCAAAACUUGUGGAUUUUGUCAGCAUCCGGCCAACUUGAUGUGUAGCCGGUGCCUGGAAGUAUACUGUUCUGUUGAAUGCCAAAUCCGGGACUGGUCCGAGCACAAGAAAAUUUGCGUCAGCGUUCCGAAGCUCUAUCCGAACGACAACUAUCUGGACAUCCUUGCGGGUGGCGUAGGGCUACCACUGAGAAGUUCUUCAAUUAUUGAACAGGCAUCCUCGCGUAUGUUAGUAGCUACUGGUGGGCGCUCAUUGAAACCAAUGCGCAAGCCAAACAUUCCAAUAGGUACUGUGGAAGUGUCAGUAAAUAGGAAAUCAAUUUCGAAAUUUGUUGAUACAGACGGUAAAGCUUCGGGCGAUGAGACGGCUAAAAAUAUAUCAAUCACAGCUUCUACUUCGGAUUGUAUAAAACGUUACUCGUCGAUGAAAAUUGAAGAAAUCCCCCGCGCCGGACCGAAUCCGUCCGGUACCAAUCUUUUCAAAGGACAACCAGAGCCAAAUCAAGAAAAACUAGCACAGCAACAAGUGAAGCCGGCUAGUCCAGAAGUUCAGAAACCGCAGACUUUGGCAAACUUGAAGCUUGAAAUUAUAAAGCAUCAUCAAAUGAUGAGUAAGACAGCUGAAAAGGUCGUAAGGCCAGAGCUUAGUAGCCAGCAGAAGCCUUGGCUUGAACCGUUCCCAUUAGAGAUAAAGGAUGGCGAACCGUUCGAAGUAAUUAUUCAGUGCCUGGUCGGAAACAAACCCAAUCGAGUUUGGGUUAUUAUGGCGUCCCACGAAACGGAAUGCGAAAAGCUGCUGCGUAAUAUUCAAGCGCAACUUAAUCCCAAAGGUGAAACACUUAGCUUCGAUCAGGUGAACGUGGAUGAUAUUUACGCCGCUCCCUACGGUGAUGGGAUUUACUAUCGCGCAGUUAUAUUAGAAAAGAUCGGUGCCACAAAGGGCCUGGUGAAGAUUCGGCUAAUUGAUUAUGGUGACGAACUGACUCUACCGGCGUCCGAUCUACUUCCCCCAUUGCUGUUGAUGAAAAAUCUUCGUGCCUUUGCCUUCCAAGUUGAAGUUCAACACUGUAGUCAUCAGCUGGAAUUGUUGGAACACAUUCGAAUUAAAGUAAUCCGGUCCGAACAGGACUGCAAGAUCGUUGAGAUGGAACAAUUUCCUUGUAUGCCUCACUUGCUCGAAAUUAUUAGUAAGGGGGAAGAAAAAAUUGGCAAUGGUGGUAUCAUUUCGGUGUUCUCAUCACGGAAGUCGCUGGUUAUGCUGUCAACAACCGCAGUGAAAGCUAUUAUGAAGGUGGUUUGCUCACAGUUGGUGGAAGCAGCGCCGAAGUUUUCCAUACUAGAAAAUCCCAAAGUUGGCGAUCUAGUUUGCAUUAACACAGCCGAAGCGGGCUGGUCACGUGGGUUGAUCAUCGAUCAGCACGGGCAGUCCAAUUUGGUGUAUACUAUCGAUAACGGAGGUAUUGAAUAUGUUCAAACGGCUGGUGAAAUGCGCGUUCUUCCGAACGAAUACAAACUAAAGCCACGUCUCGUAGUUCAAAUGGAAAUAGUUAAGGUUUUGAUGAAUGAACUGGAGUUCAAAAGAAUGUGCUAUUUGCCCCGAUUCGGAUUUAGCUUUACGUGUGUAGAGUAUGAUUCUUCGCAGAUUUUAAUGAACGCUGUGUUGAAGGACGUAGAAGGCAAAAUUACCCUAGCGGAAGUCGUGUUUAGCGAAUUUGUUUGCGACUUGAAACAAGUUGGUAUCAAUUAUUGGCCACAUUUUCCACAGGAUAAGAGCGUCGUACAAAUCACGGCGGUACUGGACCUGUGCACAGUAAUUAUUUGUCCCCAGACAAAAAUCAAUAUUUACACAGAGUUAUUGCAAACAAUUCUGCCAGAGCUUAAGGUUCUUUGUUCCGCACCGAAGACAAACGAUGUUAUCAUAGGCGUUGACGACAUCAUGAUGCCGUAUCGGGCUCGAGUGCUGCAGACAGUAUCAGCUACGGAAGUGGAAUUGCUGGACCUUGACAAUGGUUGCAUUAAAAAGCACCCUUAUGGCAAGCUUUACGCCGCCAACAGCUUCAUCCACAAUCUGCCGGUGUACACUUUUAAGGUACACAUUCGGGAUAUGAAUCCAUCUGCUAUUGUGAACGAAGCGGUUGUGCUAGAGCAAAUGGAAGAUUUCAAGACCAAUAAAAGGAACUUCCGUUUGCUAUUCGAGGGUGGAUCUUACAUGCAUGGUGUCAAGAUGAUCGAUGUAAACUCGAACCGUUCUCUGGCUACCGUUUUGAUGGAACAGCACGAUAGAAAAAUGCGUGAGGCAGAAGAAGCGGAAGCGAAGAAACGCGAGCGUGAAGCGCAAGAGGCUGCCCGACAGGAGCAAGCUGAAACAGCCGCUAGAGAAGCCGCGGAAAGAGAGCACCGAGAGGAAGAACAAGCUAAGAAAGCCGUCGAAGAGGCAGCUGCGGAACGAAAACGUUUGGAGGAAGCCCAGUUAGAGAGGGCUAGAGAAGAUGAGAAAAAGCAAAAGACGAUUGAGGUGAAUCCGGUACCUGAAAUCAUUCCAGUAAAGUAUACUAUAAACGAUCUGCAACUUUUAACGCUUCCAACUAACAAGACUGACGUGAAGCUUACCAUAUUAGAUGAUGGCGAUCUGAACAAAGGUUUGUUAACCGUCUGCGAGUUAAACGACACUAACAUUGAACAGUACCAGACUAUCAUCGAAAAAGUUAACAGUCACGUCGAUGUCAGCGGGGACGGGUAUGCGCCAGAAGACGAAGAAUUAUGCGUUGCAGUGUUCGACGCGGACAAGCAAUGGUAUCGAGCAGUUUGUCUACAGCGAAUGCCUGAUCAAAGCAAGUUCAUAGUUCAAUUUAUCGACUUCGGUAACGUGGUUGCAGUGGAGCGAAAGUUUGUUCGCAAACUGCCGAGAGCACUCAAUUUUCCUUGUGCUGCACACACGUGCAAGGUCAAAGAUUAUACCAAAAUUUUGAAUACAUUAGCGCAACAGCAGUCCGAGAAAGGUUAUUUGGUUGCAAAAGUGAUCGAGUUGGAAGGAGAUGUUUACAAUUUAAAAUUUUAGAGCUCAUCGCUUGACUAGUGACUGCUUUUAUUGCCUUUGAUCGUUACAUUUUUACUAUCCUUUACAAUUUGAAUGAACAUUAAUCUCUUUGUUCACAUGAUAUUUAGUAGAAAGGUUUUUGUUUUGUUCUGAAAAUUUACUUUGCAGAGCAAAGUAUUACUACAAUGUAUUUCUUGUUAUCAUUCUUAAUUUAGAACAAGUUAAAUAAAGUUAACCUUUUAUAAAACGAAA